AUGGCGCGUAUCGAAACUAUUCAAGAACUUUAUAACGCGACUUUAUGGGAUUUCAAAGCGGAAGGCAAUGCUAAUAUAAUAUUAUCUUAUAAUGGCGAAAAUGAUAUUUUCUCAGCUGUAGUACUUCGUCUGCGAAAGGAUAACGAAAUUAAAUUUGACACAGCUGUUGAUCCUCAAUUCUUUACGACUUCUUACGUAAAUUUCGUUAUGGUGCCCUUGCUUGGUAGUAAAUACGUUGGUGAAUCGAUAUUGUUGGAAGUACGACCUGAAUUUCUUAAGGCGUUGUCUAGAGCAAUCCUUCCUAUGAGAUCCAAAAAACGAAUUCAAAAUGAUAUCGAUUUCAAGCAGCGUUAUGGUAUGUUAACAUCUAAUCAUACGAGGUUUUCAGUGAAUAUUAAUCCCACACUUUCCGUAGAGUUGAAGCCCAAAUGGGCUUUUUUGCCAUAUUCUUCGUUCAUAACUUGCGAAACUUCUGUAAAGCUCCAAUCAUGUCGUUUCUGCAUGCAUAAAUAUCUUAAUAGGAAUCCAACCAGAUAUUGUCCAUUGGAUUUAUUUUCUCUAGAAGAUAAAAGAGUGAGAAAGGCAAUAGAAUCGUUAUUAGAAGAUCCUGGAAAUAAUUUAAAGUUAUUUAUACAAGGAGUGCAAAUUGAAAUUGGAAAGGAGAAUUGGCAAACUCGAUUAUAUGAAUUUUUUGAGAUAGAUUGUCCUAUGUUGGAUGAUAAAAAACAAAAAAGCAAUCGUGUAGUUGACAUGCUUAUUUCAUUAUUGAUGCAAGCUAUCAUGAAAGAACAAGAUUUGUUUAUUAAGCUUAAGAGGUUGCAAAAAACUCUAGACGAAUUAGAUAUUGAAGGAAUCAAUCAACUCUUAUUAACUCAUCAUCCGAAAUUAUCCGAACCUUCAUUAGAAGAAUGGAAAUUGAUAGUAGCCGAAUAUAAGAAAAGAACGAAUGAUGCAAAUGGUUGGUAA